AUGUCGUCUGUACGUGCUAUUAUUUGUCCAUCAAUAUUGAAUACUGACCUUGCUGAACUUGCUAAUGAGUUUUUUGAUGUCCAUCUGAUGGUUUCUAAUCCUGAACAAUGGCUAAUUCCUAUGCACAAAGCAGGAAUUAAUCAAUUUACUUUUCAUCUCGAAGCUCCAAGUUUUACUGGAGAAGACGAUAAAGUGUUUUCUUUAAUUAAUAAAAUUAAAUCUUUGGGUUUAAAAUGUGGAAUGGCUAUUAAACCAAAAACUGAGGUUAAAGAUAUGUUGAAAUUUGCAAAUGAACUUGAUACAGCUUUGAUAAUGACAGUUGAGCCGGGUUUUGGUGGGCAAAGCUUUAUGAGUGACCAACUUGAAAAAGUUAGAAUAAUAAGAAAAGAAUUUCCUUCUUUAAAUAUUCAAGUAGAUGGAGGGGUUGGAAUUGAAAAUAUUGAAGAAUGUGCUAAUGCAGGUGCUAAUUUAAUUGUUUCUGGCACUGGAAUUAUUCGUUCACCAAAUCCAUGUGAAACAAUAAAAAUAAUGAGAGAGUCGGUACAGAGAGUUUUGGAUAAAUAA